AUGUCGUCCCCUGAGAAGAGAAAGAAGAAGACGACGACGAAGGAACUGUUGCUCCCACCGACGCCGCAAUCCACCCCAAAUCUUCCCGAUGAUUUGCUUCUGAGCUGCUUCGCACGGGUCUCACGAUUGUACUACCCGACUCUCUCCCUCGCCUCCAAGGGCUUCGGUUCUCUCAUUGCUUCACCGGAGCUUUACAAGACUCGCUCCCGGUUACACCGCACGGAGAUCUGUCUCUACGUGUGCUUAUCGCUCCCUCAUGACCCUAACCCUCGCUGGUUUACUCUCUGCCGGAGACCUAAUCGAGCCCUAACCAAGGAAAAGAAUCUAGGUAUGAAUCUCUUGGUUCCAAUCGCAUCUCCUCCUUCUACUCCUGUUAAGCCUUGUUUCGUCGCUGUUGGUUCUGAGAUCUAUCAAAUUAGCGGACGCGUCAAUGACGUGCCUUCUUGUGACGUCUCGGUUUUGGACUGCCGGUCUCACUCGUGGCACCAGGCUCCAAACAUGAAUGUGGUUAUGCACAACCGAUCCGCCAUUGUCGUUGAUGGAAAGAUACAUGUUAAAGGAGAGGAAGUUGAAGGCUUCGAGUCACCUAUGGUAGAGGUUUACGAUCCAAAAACCCUAACUUGGAAGUUUGAGUUGCAUGGAUCUGAAGAAUCGUUUUUACGAGAUGAUUUUGCAGCGGGAUUGCCGUUAUAUUGUUGUGUGAUAGAUGAAGUGAUAUAUUAUUUGUAUGACAACGGAAGGAUCUUUUGGUGUGACCUUAAGUCAAAAGAGUUGAGAAUCUUGAAGGGCGUGACAGGACUGCCUGAGUUUAAUCGUAGUGAUCAUGAUGCUCGUUUGGUGGAUUAUGGUGGGAACUUGGCGGUUUUAUGGGAGGAUCAUGGUCGUUCUAGCAACUCUGAGGAGAAGAUGAUUUGGUGUGCGGUGAUUGCUGUUGAUCGCUCUAACCGUGAAGAGUUUACAGGGACGGUGGAGUGGUUUGAUCCUGUGCUUGAAGUCACAGAGUCUUGUUCAUUCGUUCGUGUUCUUGCUGCUACCGUUUGA